GCAUGCUAACGCCGGCAAUGGUAGGUGCGACAACAGUUAUGCUGCCAAACUCAUCAUCGAGUUCAUCAUCCUCGUCGACGUCGUCCUCCCACACGCACACACACCUUCAAAUGAUGUCCAAUAGCAAUGGAAAUAAUGGAACGGUGGCAUCUAUUAAUGGGUCAGCUACUGGAGGUUUAAGUGGUCAAAGUGUUGGUGGUGGUACUGGAGGUGCGAGUGGCACUUCCUCAAGUACUCAACAGCUUUCACCUCAGGCACCGCCGACCUAUGUCAAUUUGUAAAUUAACUAACCCACGCAGCAUAUCCACCGGGACAACAUCGUACAAAUAAAUUUACACGGCAGUCUAAGUAAAAUAGAGGCAGGUGUACGACUACGACUCUGCUAAAAUGCCAGUAAAUAAACCGCGCAAAAAAAAAUGCAUUCGCUAUAUGGAGGCACUGCAUGGAGACGGCCAAGAGGAAGGCAGCGGCAUGGACGACACUGGAAAUCUGAGCCAGCUGAGCGAUGAUGAUGACGAUGACGAUGAGGACCUAUUGGUGAGCGGUGGUGGCUGCAUUGGCAGCUCGGGUAGCGGCGAUGAAAUGAUCGAUAUUAAUCGGGAUAAGCUCGCCGACAAUGAGGAUACUGAGUCAAUGAGUCAAUCGCUGUCAAGUCCCGGAUGUCAGAGCGGGCUCUCAAGCCUACAGAGUCCAUCAACAACGACGAGCUUGGCUAGUCCACUCAAUAUGAAUAUGUUAACUAGUCCAAUGACGCCCGUCAUCAACACCACAACCAACCCGAGUAACAACAAUAGCAAUGUUGUGCCGCUUUCUGUUAUUAACAGUGGUAGUACGGAACAGACGUCAUCUGCGAGCAGCUCAACAUGUAGCAUUAGUAACAGCACACCGAAUACCUCUACAACAGUUUCAUCAUCGAUUGCUUCGACACCGAACUCUGCUAAUGAGCGGGCCAUGAUGCUUCGCAACCGGUUCAGCCAUCUAGGCAUGGGCCUGAGUCCAGGUCAACUUUUCCAAUCUGUAUCUACAACUGUCAGCAGCAGCCCCAAUACUAACACAGCUAUGUCUUUAGCAACGAAUAGUUUCAAUUGUUACAGCAACGCGGCUAUGAAGACAACGUCGGUGACGAUUGCUGCUGCUACACCUGCAUCAAUAUCGGUAUCGGCACCGAUAUCGGCGUCGACGUGUACAUCGCUACCUGCAGGAAGCUUACAUCGCAAUCCCAUUGGCGCCAAUCCGCGUGACAUUAACAAUCCUCUAAGCAUCAAUCAAUUGACUAAGCGCCGCGAGGAUAACAAUGUUGCACUGCUCGAAACUCAAUCGGUUUCAGCGGCUUUAGCUCACAAUCCUCACAUGCACUCAAAUUCGCCGCAUCCACAACCACAAGCCCACACACACCCACACCCACACACCCAUCCGCAUCCGCAUCCGCACGCGCAUCUGCAACUACACCCUCAUCCACAUGCGCAUCAUUCGGUCUUUAGCAGUAGCUUUAGUCAGCACUUCCAGCAACGGUUAAGUAAUCAUCUAGCAGCCACAAGCAGCAGCAGAAUCAGCAAUAGCAAUAGCAAUAACAGCAGCAACAUUCACAUUGGUCCAGUUUCCCAGUCGUCCAUUGACACCCCUAGUUUAAGCAUGAAGCGUCGCAAUACAUCCGAUCCGACACCCGCGACUGGCAAUAGCGCAACACCCACCUCAACUGAAACUGGAGCAAUAAGCGUUUCGUAGCAGUCUAGCA